AUGUCCUUCUUCGAACCGCGCCUGAAACCCUUGCCAGACGCUUUCUACUCUGAGGGCGACGCUUCCCCUGUCAGGUCCAAAGUCCUCUGUCGCAUUCCUACUUGGCCUGGAUAUGUUCCCUACAAGCUGUUGGAGCUGGUGGAUGGUGAAAGUGAGGCCACUUCUAUCUGUGAUCAGGAUCCAAUUAUUCCUCUUUGGCCAUCCACUGAUGACGAGCUUGAGACUGACGUCGGGCAAGAGAAAACAGAAACUGAAACCUGGCAGGCGCAGAACCCAAAGAUUUCCAUGGAGACCCAGAUUCAAAGGAAAGAUGAGCCCGCAGUGAAGCAAGAGGUUGGAUCCUUAGCUCGUUGCGCUGGCGGCCAUCCGACUUUUGAGUCGUCCAUGUCUUUCCCCGGAUCCAGGUCAAUUUGGAAGCUGCGCUCGCAGAUCCACCAUCGACAUCCUUUGGGCCUUCCCUUACCAUGUUGCCCCUGGAGCAUCGUGGACAGUGCAGAUCAUACACUGGAUGAAUGCAACAGCUUCCGUCCACCUGAGAAGGUGCCAAGUUUCAGCUGCGUGUCCCGGGGCGUGCUCAACGGUUAUGUCUGUCCGCAGUACGCCACUCAGCCCCACAUGCUGCAGCCCAAGCAGAGUGAGAUUAAAGCAGCGAACUAUGAGGCCUUCAAGAAACCCGUCCCUCAAAAAAGCCGAAACGCUCAUGAGAAGCAUGGGACACCCAACGGGACACCUGGAUCGUCAAAAAAUGUGGGUCUCCAGCAACCUGCAGGUACAAAUGCCCAGAAGUCUGUCGAUCCCUUGGAAAUCUUGGAAAACGAACAAACCGUGAAGGCCAAGGGCUCAGAUCCUUUCAGUGUGGAGAUUGGAUCAGGCUAUGAAAGUCGGCGAAGCGCCAAAAAAAAAGCCAGGGAAAUCGGAAAGGAGAGGGUGACGAAGGAAAAGGCCAUGGAGAGACCCAUGAUGCCGGCCGUGGACCACAUGCAGCCUCGGCAUGCGCACCAGCCUCGGCAUGCGCACGGGGCUCCAGCAGCCUAUGGAAGAGCCAAUGGACCUCGAGGCAAAAGCAUGGAAUCUCUGAAAGAACAUGCGGAACACGGACACAUGUGGACAGCUGCAAAGCUUGAGAUCUGGUCUGGAAAGCGACAUCGAAUUCGUGAGCUAGGAACAAUUGCAGAUGAGGACGCCUUCCGUUCCUCGCUUCAGAACUCCCUUCUCCUAGGUCAGAGCGUCAGAGCCAGGCUGGAUGACUCGGGAGUGAUUUGCUGUGCUGUUCGGGUAGAGCCCAGCUCCACUAGCGAGGGGCAGCAAAUCAGCAAACUCACUUGCCGAAUUUGCCUCCUGGAGGGCCCUGGAGAGGAUGACCCCCUGAUUGCUCCGUGCCAAUGCAAGGGUUCCAUCGAGUAUGUGCAUCUGGGGUGCUUACGCCACUGGAUUCGGGGGCGUUUGAACCUUUCCGAUCGACCCCUGGGCUCCUACUUCUACAGGCCUGAAGGAGGUGAGUUGAAGAUCAUGGAGGAGCGCUUGCGGCUUCAAAUGUCCAGCGCCACAAGACCCUACGACACCCGGACAUCUUUGAAAUGCAUGGCAAUCUUGAGUGCCUUUGGGCUUUGCGCCGCAGCCUGCUAUCCAUUGCUUUGGGUUGGUAUGGUAGUAAUCGCUUUCUCGAAGAGCAGCCAGCUUUACGCAGCACCAUUGGUUGUUUUGGCAGCCCUUGGUACAGUCUAUGGGUCCAGCAUGUUGAUGAUCUAUUACGUGAACUGGCGGUUUCAUGUGCCCCUCGCGGACAUGGCCAUGGCUUUGGUUAUCGCCAUGAUCUGCCUGACUUUGGUCACAGUGGCAGAGAGGCACUACGAAUCCACCAAAGAGAAGCAGACUGAGGCGCUGUCCAGACGCCUGCGGCAACUCCUUGCCUAUUUCAAGUACACAGUGACACCGGUCGCGACCUUGUCCUGCAUUUUGCAGUUUGCAUGGCCGAGUGCCCUGCUGUACGCCACUAGCUUCAUGGUGCUGUUGAAGAUCUUUCGCGCCGCGCUGCUGAAGCUGACUUGGGCAGGGUGCCCCAAGCCAGGAGAACAGAUGCGCGUGCUGCUGUCGGGUGAUUCCUUUCCACCCAAGUUGGAUGGUGUGCAGAACUUCGCCCGGAACACCAUCCAGGCCUUGGUCCGAGACGGUCACAAGGUCCAUGUUUUUUGUAGCAAUGGGAGCCCAACCACCCACUUGGCACCUGAGAACUACGGCGCUACAGUGACGCGUGGACCAGGGGUGGAAGUGCAGCCAAAGCACAAGAUCACUCUACCGUCCCCUCACUUCUUGUUGGCACUGCUUCGCUUCAGACCGCACAUCAUCCAAUUCUUCGACUUCACUCCAUGUGCAUUCUUUGUGGUGCCCUUCCUUUGGUGGCUGGGAAUUCCCGUGGUGAUUUCGCAUCACUCCCGCAUCGACCUUUAUGCGACCUACGUGCCAGGGUUCAUUGGGGACUACUCCCCUCAAGUCGUUCGAGCUGCUUGUGAGGUAAUCUUCCCACUAGCCACUGGCCACCUACUCAUUGAUGGCUCGCAGAAGGAGCAAAGUUGGUUUCAGGGACAUCCGAACACUCGCUUUUGGUCAACCGGAUGCGACUUGGGAUUCUUCCAUCCUUCCAAAGCAUGCCAGGAAAUGCGAGCACUUUGCAGCAAUGGCAGACCUGACCUUCCUCUUGUGAUCUUUGUGGGACGCCUUUCACCGGAGAAACAAGUGGACAAGCUCAUCGAAUUGGUGAAGGUCACGAAUUGUGAAGCUGAGCUGUGUCGCUUCGCCAUCAUCGGCCAUGGCGAUUCCUGGGAGUCGAUUCAUCAGGAGAUCGGCCAUCGCCCCGAUGUCUACAUGCCCGGUGCCGUCACGGGCGAGAAGCUCGCGGCAGCUGUGGCCUCGGCGGACAUCUUCUUCUCCCCCACCGUCACCGGCACCUUGGACCUGGUCUUCAUCGAGUCGCAGGCCGCAGGCCUGGCCGUGGUGGGCCCCAGGGCGGUGGCGGUGCCACUGGUGGUGGCAGAUGGCGUGAACGGCAGGUUGUAUGAACCACUGGACAUGGAGGAUGCGAAACGAGCCAUCCAGGACAUCGCAGGUGGGCCGCUGGAGAAGAUGAAAGCGGAAGCUCGGAAGAAUGCGAAUGCCAACUUUACUUGGUCGAAGUCAAGUGCAGAAGCCAUCCAGUUCCACAAGGAUGUUUUGCAGUAUUUUGAGAAAUAUGGAUGAGCGGCAGGUAUGACAUCGAUUUCUUUUGCAGAUGAGUCCAUUUGUAGACAAAGCGGCCGUCUCGAUUGUUUCAGUAUCUGCCGUCAGUCGGCCUGUCCAAUACAAUCGUUUUGCAGAGCACAGCGGAUGUUUCCGCGGCUGGAAAAAUGCAAAGCAUUGCCAGCUCAUGAGUCAAUCUCCCUGUAUAGUCACUUAAUUAGUUCCAUUUGCAUCCGGGAACCCCCUGUUUUUGCAGACUGAAGAUCGAGUCGAGCCUUUUCAACAUGGUGUUUUUUUGCCAUGGCGAGAUGGGACGGCUCCCGCCCGC